GCAGUGUUCAAUUACUUCGACAAAGACCGCGGAGGAAGCGUAUCUGCGAAUGAGCUUAUUCUGUCUGGCCUCAUAGACAAAGACUAUGCCAAGGAGUUCAUCAACGUGGCUGACACCGAUGGCAACGGCGAGAUCGAUAUGGCAGAGUUCUGCGAGCUGAUGUGCCCCCAUGGCUUUCGUGCGUCGGAGACCUCCGUGACUGGAUCUACUGUGCUGGGCCAGCCCGCGCGUUUGGACGACACGACCAAGACUUGGCGCCUCAAGGAGGCUCCUCCAGCGGCCGCAGAGAUAAGGCCAAGCCGAGCUCGUGCCAAGGAGAGGGCCCGUCCACCAGGUGGACAUUGA